AUGGUUCACCCUGCUACUACCUGCUGCAAGACCUCCCAGGAUGGAGGCUGCGUCUGCGCCGCUCAAGCCAAGUGCUCCUGCGGCAAGGAGUCGGCUCUCCACUGCACCUGCAACAAGGCUUCCACUGAGAACAACAUUUCUGGCCCGCGCUGCUCAUGCCGUUCUCGUCCCGCUGGUCAGUGCACCUGUGAGCGUGCUGCCACCGAGAACAAGCCUGUUGAGGGUGAGAAGUGUGCUUGUGGCACUCGUCCUGCUUCCUCUUGCACCUGUGAAAAAGUGGAGGCUAUUGAGUCCGCUUUGGAGCAAGACUUCACUACUCGCGCCUAA